AUGGUGGUCUUAUUGGAUUCUGUCCACAUUUUGAAAGCUUGUUUCUUGAACAUACAAUCAUGGCCCCCAAAUAUGACUGACUUCAGUGUUUUUUCUAACCUGGUGACCAUUGGUGGAAGAGUACUCUACAGUGGCCUCUCCUUGCUUAUCCUCAAGCAACAGGGCAUCACCUCUCUGCAGUUCCAGUCCCUGAAAGAAAUCAGUGCGGGAAACAUCUAUAUUACUGACAACAGCAACCUGUGUUAUUAUCAUACCAUUAAUUGGACAACACUCUUCAGCACAAUCAACCAAAGAAUAGUAAUCCGGGACAAUAGGAAAGCUGAAAACUGUACUGCUGAAGGAAUGGUGUGCAAUCAUCUGUGUUCAAGCGAUGGCUGCUGGGGCUCUGGGCCGGACCAGUGCCUGUCGUGCCGCCGCUUCAGCAGGGGAAGGAUUUGCAUAGAGUCUUGUAACCUCUAUGACGGUGAAUUUCGGGAAUUUGAGAACGGCUCCAUCUGUGUGGAGUGUGAUCCCCAGUGUGAGAAGAUGGAAGAUGGCGUCCUCACAUGCCAUGGCCCGGGACCUGACAACUGUACAAAGUGUUCUCAUUUUAAGGAUGGCCCAAACUGUGUGGAAAAAUGUCCAGACGGCUUACAGGGGGCAAACAGUUUCAUUUUCAAGUACGCUGAUCAGGACCGGGAGUGCCACCCAUGCCAUCCAAACUGCACCCAAGGGUGUAACGGUCCCACUAGUCAUGACUGCAUUUACUACCCAUGGACGGGCCAUUCCACUUUACCACAACAUGCUAGAACUCCACUGAUUGCCGCUGGAGUCAUUGGUGGGCUCUUCAUCCUGGUCAUUGUGGGUCUGACAUUUGCAGUUUAUGUUAGAAGAAAGAGCAUCAAAAAGAAAAGAGCCUUGAGAAGAUUCUUGGAAACAGAGUUGGUAGAACCCUUAACUCCCAGCGGCACAGCACCCAAUCAAGCUCAACUUCGCAUUUUGAAAGAAACUGAACUCAAGAGGGUAAAAGUCCUUGGCUCGGGUGCUUUUGGAACUGUUUAUAAAGAAGCUCUGAUCAUGGCAAGUAUGGACCAUCCACAUUUAGUCCGGUUAUUGGGUGUGUGUCUGAGCCCAACCAUCCAGCUGGUUACUCAGCUUAUGCCCCAUGGCUGCCUACUGGAUUACGUUCAUGAACACAAGGAUAACAUCGGAUCACAGCUGCUGCUUAACUGGUGUGUCCAGAUAGCUAAGGGAAUGAUGUACCUAGAAGAAAGACGGCUUGUUCAUCGGGAUUUGGCAGCCCGUAAUGUCCUAGUGAAAUCUCCAAACCAUGUGAAAAUCACAGAUUUUGGACUAGCUAGACUCUUGGAAGGAGACGAAAAAGAGUACAAUGCUGAUGGAGGAAAGGUGGGAGUCACUAUAUGGGAAUUGAUGACCUUUGGAGGAAAGCCCUAUGAUGGAAUUCCAACACGAGAAAUCCCUGAUUUAUUAGAGAAAGGAGAACGUUUGCCUCAGCCUCCCAUCUGCACUAUUGAUGUUUACAUGGUCAUGGUCAAAUGUAAGAUUGGUGAUGAUCGUAUGAAGCUUCCCAGCCCAAAUGACAGCAAGUUCUUUCAGAACCUCUUGGAUGAAGAGGAUUUAGAAGAUAUGAUGGAUGCUGAGGAGUACCUGGUCCCUCAGGCUUUCAACAUCCCACCUCCUAUCUACACCUCCAGAGCAAGAAUUGACUCAAAUAGGAACCAGUUCGUAUACCGAGAUGGGGGCUUUGCUGCAGAACAAGGAGUGUCCGUGCCCUAUAGAGCCACAACCAGCACCAUCCCAGAAGCUCCAGUUGCUCAGGGUGCCACAGCUGAGAUUUUUGAUGACUCCUGCUGUAACGGCACCCUACGCAAGCCAGCGGCACCCCGUGUCCAAGAGGACAGUAGCACCCAGAGGUACAGUGCUGACCCCACAGUGUUUGCCCCAGAACGGAGCCCACGAGGAGAGCUGGAUGAAGAAGGCUACAUGACUCCUAUGCGAGACAAACCCAAACAAGAAUACCUAAAUCCUGUGGAGGAGAACCCUUUUGUUUCUCGGAGAAAAAACGGAGACCUUCAAGCUUUGGAUAAUCCCGAAUAUCACAAUGCUUCCAAUGGUCCGCCCAAGGCAGAGGAUGAGUAUGUGAAUGAGCCACUGUACCUCAACACCUUUGCCAACACCUUGGGAAACGCUGAGUACCUGAAGAACAACGUACUGUCUGUGCCUGAGAAGGCCAAGAAAGCGUUUGACAACCCUGACUACUGGAAUCACAGCCUGCCACCUCGGAGCACCCUCCAGCACCCAGACUACCUGCAGGAGUACAGCACAAAAUAUUUUUAUAAACAAAAUGGACGGAUCCGGCCCAUCGUGGCAGAGAAUCCUGAAUACCUCUCUGAGUUCUCGCUGAAGCCAGGCACUGUGCUGCCUCCUCCACCCUACAGACACCGGAAUACUGUGGUGUAA